UGUAACGCUCUCGGGCUGCCACGGGCUGGGGGCGGGGCUGCGCAUGCGCGGUGCGCGUUCUCCUCCUUCUCUUCCUCUCGGUGCGGCGACGGAGGCAGCGGCGGCGGGGCCGCGCGGAGCCUUUUCCUCCCGCUCGGCCAGGGCCGCGCUCCCAGCCCGGAUAUGGCUCGUGGACAGCAGAAGAUUCAGUCGCAGCAGAAAAAUGCCAAAAAGCAAGCUGAGCAAAAAAAGAAACAAGGACAUGAUCAGAAGGCUGCAGCCAAGGCUGCCUUGAUAUAUACCUGCACUGUCUGUAGGACACAAAUGCCGGAUCCCAAGACCUUCAAACAGCACUUUGAAAGCAAGCAUCCUAAGACUCCACUUCCUCCAGAACUGGCUGGUGUUCAGGCAUAAAGUUGCCUACAGGUGAGAUCAUGGCACCUAUUGACUCUUCUGCUGUCAGACCUUACAUAACAAACCUGCAGCUGCUUUUCUAAAACUGUUGAUCAGCAAAAAUGAAGGGGCUACAGAAACAUUCAUAUUUUUAUGCUGUUCCCUCUUGGGUUUCAUGCAAAGACAAUUCUGUGUAAAUGUACAGUUGUGCCCUAUUUGGAAAUCCUGAAAAAUCAGUCCAUACUUGUUAUAAAAAAUUUUUUACAAUUGUAAUUAUAUUGAUGUUCAUAUUGUGUAAAAUAACUCAUUUAAUAAAGUAGUACUUUGAUUUUACAAUAUCACAGAUUAAAUCCUUGUAGAAGUUCUGUUUCAACUUUCUGUAUUAUCUGCCUUAUAAAAUAAUAAAACAAAAAGUGGAAUUUUCCCUGUCCUGCCAAAAACCGAGCAGUAUCAUUCCACUGAAAGUAAUGUACAUUACAGUAAAUUAAUCUUAAGUGAAGAAGGAAGCAGCUCAGAUUUACGAUUCAGUGUGCUGCCUGCUCGAGCCCAGUUGCUAGUGGUCAGGUUGUGGGCUCAAGGUGCAGCAGACUCGCUAGAAGCUGCAUGAGAACUGUGAGACUUCCUUCUACGUUUUUGUCCUGUGUAUUGGAAUCUAAUACUGCAAGCCAUUUUGAAUGGGAUUCCCUUUCUGUGAGGGAUCACGUUCCUUGAAGUCAUGCACUGGAGAGACUCUGGUUGUACUUGUUAGCCAUCUACCCAAUAUAAAGGAUAAAGAAGCCAAGAGGUGGCAGGUUAGAUGCUUUUAGGUAUUUUGGCUUGAAAAAUGCUCACAAAUAUUAGGUUAAGGCAACUCUGCUCUUAGCUGAAAUGUAAUUUGAAAAGAUUUGUAGUGGUAUUUUGAGGAGUUGGCCACACGUGUUCCCCCUCAAAUGUGUCUGAUUAUUUCAGUAGCAGCUCUUCAAGAAAUAUGUAAAAUAGCUACCCAUUAACAACCUUUCUUCACAAGCAGCUUAAAAUAAGCUUGUUGGAAAAGAGCCAAAGUAACUAAAAUAAUAUGGCUACAUUAAGAAAUCAGAUGUGGUUAAAUUUGCAUUGAGAACUGGAUAAUAACUCUCGGGCCAAGAACAUUUGAGCAGCUAAACAUAAUUCCCCUUAAAGUGUUCUGGGCUCAGUUCUAAUCCCAGGUGCUACAGCACGGAAG